AUGAACCGUUCCCAUCACCGAUCCUGUUUGAGUGCUGAGCCGCAUGAAGAGAACAUCAAAGAGGUACUUCUACAUUUCUUAGGCUGCCUCAAAAUCAGCGAGCGUCAUGACUUUCUCGAAGACGAAGCGCACCCUGUGUGGAGUUUUGAAGCAAAGCACAACAAGGGGGAAAAUGUGACCAAGAAGAGGGAAAAAUGGAGAGCGAACUGCUUAAAUGAGCUCCGGCGCAUUGAGUUUCUCCGAGAAAAGCUAAAAGACGAUGGAGAUGAAGAUGAACGUCAACUUGUGUCAAAUAUUGAGAGGAGUAGAAAAGAAUGGAAGAGAUCGCCUGAGUACAAAGAAGGUAUCCAGAUGGUCGAGGAAUGGAGGAGGGCAACUCCCGAGGACAGUGGAACGUUCAAGCCCAGCGGUAGUCCUGUGAAUGUCAAACCGGAAUCUGUGCAAGACAAGUACAUACCAGAGAAGGACGUAAAUGUUCCUAUCAUAAAGUUCAAAGAUGGAGAGCCAGAUGACUUCAAAUUGGACAAGAAGAACAAAAAGAUUUGGGGCAGUUUUCCGGACCAAAAGACGACAGUGGAACAUUUACUUGACAAUGAGGCUGGCAAGAAUAGUAUCCUCCGCCGUGACGAAAAGGAUACGUCCACAGUCAAGUACUUCCACCUUCCAUCGAAUAACAUGGCAUGGGCAGAGGAAGCAAUCGCUCGCUACUUCAACGAGGAGACGCCUAAGUUCUACAAGAUUAGGCGAAAGAUUGGAACAUUGGAAGAAACAAUUUCAGCCAAGAUUCUGAAGGAGUCACAUUGGCGGGGGCAACUACACGGGAGUCAAUUAUCUGUGAACUCUCGGUUCAUGCGACCCUUUUGUGAAGCAAUCUCUUCCAGCCAGACCGAGAAGGACCACUUGCCGAAGAAUAUGGUUCUUUUUAUGCCUUAUCUACAUUGGGAGACAUCGCGAAACCGCGAGAAAUUCGCACAAAAGAUCGAGCAGAUCGUUGACCAACACCUUGCCAAGGCCACAACCAUUGAGUUGAAUGAAAAGAAAAAGAGACAAGAAGCCAGGAAGUCUUUGCCACCUGCGAAAUCUACCAGCAGCGAUCAAUCAACUACAGCAACACAAAGGAUGCAGCUUCCAGCGGACAAGACACAACCUGCAGGGAUGGGCCGAAUCCUCACACUUGGGACACUGGCACAGCGCUUUGGCUAUCCGAGAAUUCCAGUCAAGGUGGACGGGACCGGUAGGCUUCGGAUUACUUACGAGGACGAGCAGGGAAAUAAAAAGGGUAGCCCACUCGGACAGUACUUGAUCGAUGCUGCUCGUCUGUUUGAGGCGAUCACAAACUAUCGCGACAAACGCCUUCUAGAGAAGUUUCUCAUGCACGAAGCUCCCCUUCACCCAAGGCGAACUCUGGAUCAGGCAUACUACUGGACGCUGAACACGACUCGCUCUCGCGACAAAGACCAAGUCGUAUAUCGUGCCACAACCGCCAAGGGCGCGGAAUUCCACAAAUACGACUUCGAUAAGGCCUCAUGGCCCAAUCAUCCAAGACUAGGGAAACAUGAAUUAUGUCGCGACUGUUCUGAUAAAAUCACCAAGGUUUCGCGUGUGGUCAUGGUUGACCAGCUCUGGAUGUGGAUCUUGGAUGCCAACACCAUCAUCACCUGCUUCCCGAAGCGAUAUGGAGCGAACAAGCAUGACUCAUCUGGCGUGCACAAGUCAAUACGAACCAGGAUCGGCGACAAAAGACAUCAGCAGGUAAAAUCUGUGUUUGACUUGGCUCUCAUUAUAUUUGAAGAAUGCUCCAAUACAUUCUUCGAUCGCACAAGAACCACAGACAAACAGCCCGAGGUGCUUGAUGCAUUCUCAGAGUCCAUUGGAAACAUCAUGCAUAAGCAAACGCUGGCCUUUGGACGCUUGUGGCGAUGGACCGAGGAAGCGCGCAAGAUCUACAAAUCUCGCACACGUCUUGCUGGCUCCAAAUUACACGUACCGCUUCUCGACAUCACUCCAGAAGGCGAGCUGGAGAAAGAGAUCAAGGACAUCCUUGAAGAGCUUGGCAUCAUGAUCCACAUCAACAAGACCCAUCGCGACGUUUUGAAGCAGUUCAUAACUCACGUUAAACAUAUACUGGAUCCCCACAGCGAAUUCACGGGCAAGGAAGCCGGAGUCGAUGCGUCGAAGAAGCGAAUUGGCCUCCUGAGAAAGACUUCGGCGAACAAGGUACCUAAGUUCUCUGCCAACGCCAACGAAGAAACUGUACAGGAACAGAAAAACAUUUUCGAUUGGUUCAACAUCAACGCAGACGAAACUCGGACCCGUGUUGACGAUCGAAUCGAGCAACUAGAAGAACUACAGAGAAGCGCGCAGAUUACUGCGUCAAGUGUCAAGGACCUUCUGGAGUUGAAACAACAACAGGCAGGUGUUGUACAGGCCUGGCAAUCUGUCAGGCAAAGCGAUGAAGCAAAUGCGCAAGGGCGCGCCAUCAUGGUCUUUACAAUUGUCACAAUUGUUUUCUUGCCAUUGUCGUUCAUGUCGUCCCUGUUUGGCAUGAACACCAUUGAGUUCGGAGGAGAUGGCAAUCUCAUGCAUCUUGGAGAUCAAUUCAGAUAUAUUGCUGGAAUAUCUGCUCCAAUUAUAUUCCUGACACUUGUAUUCUCCCUGAACAGCUGGACACGAUCAGCCCUAGCAGGUCUGUUCAAGUAUAGCUUCUUGUGGUUGAGUGCCCGCAUUGGACUGUACCAGCACUACCUUGAUGUCAACCUGCCCAGCCAUAAUUUUUACGAGGACACCGUGAACGCCACUGAAGAAUUGCUGGUUAAGCAGAUGAAGCUGUAUUCGGACCGAAGGUGGGAGAAGUACGAGCAGAAGCGAGAGGCUUCGGGGCAACCCUCCUCUACCGCGAGUGCACCUGGUGGUUCUCAGUCUGGCGGAAAUUCACCUGGCAGGACACAUGAGACAGCCGUGUUGCUUCCAGAUGGAGUAGCUCGAACGGCCAGCAGAUUGAGUGCACGGUCACAACCACGACCUGCUAUGCACGACGAUAUUGAAGCCGCAAGGCGACCGACUGAAAAUGGCGCCAUUUGA